AUAUGCACAAGGAUAAUAGUUACGCUGAACGGUGCCCACUGGUCACCCUAUAAAUAGUGCUCUUGUGUGUAGUAAUAUUGUAGUUCUAACACAUGUCUAAAAAUAGAAAGCUUAAAAUAGACAAUUCAUCUUUCUAUUUAGCAAUACACCAUAGAGCCUGUCACCGUCUGUAUUAUCUACAUUAGACCUGUGAGAAGUAGACUACAGUCAAUGAAAACAAACAAAACGGAGAAAAGAAUGAUUUAUAUGGUGAAGGGAGAUGAAAUCACGGCCAGAGUCCAGGGACCAGACAGAAUGUCAGUUCACCAGAUAGGUGAUUACUUGACAAUAGGGAAAUCAAAUACUACUCAACAAAAUCAAAAGGAACUUUCAAGACUAGUCAAUUUGAUUCCAAAACCAACAAACAUAGUGCCACCAAUCACAUCAGCCUGGUCCAUGUUAACAAACGGUGAUGUUGACUAUCAAGUUCAAUCUUUAAACACUUUGACCGAGGCUCUUGUUGACAAAGAAGCAACCAAAAAGGCUGUAUGCAAAAAAAUGAAAGGGACAUCUGCCCAAAAAAAGGGUGACAUUGAAAAAACUAAAGAAAUUGUUGGCCAUGUUAUAGCCGAACUAAAUAAAACUAAUGUAAACAAGGCAAUGCAUGGGAAAGUUUUUGAGGCCUUUUGGAAGACAAUACAGACAAUGCUGCCAGACGAUUCAAGUGAACGAUAAGAAGAACAGGAUUGUGACAAAUUUAAACUUACUUACUCAUAAAACAUAGUUACAUUUCCAUGGAGAAGGAGUAGUAAGUCCUCUACUCUGCUAUUGGCAUACCCACCAAGGAAAUGGUAUUUCAUGCCCAGGAAAAACCUGAAAAUGACAAAAUGUUAAGGACUUUGAAUUUAUGAUUUAUAUUUGAAUGUACAAAUAGAAAGUACAUAAAAUAUUAAUGUGUUAACAUUUGAAUGUUAUAAGUAGCAUUAUAUUUUUUUGUUUUAAUAUCCUCAUACACAUCAGGUUUUGCUAGACUACAUUUUUUCAUUUUGUCUGCUUUUAUGUAAUUAUCGACUUGCAUUGACAAUUAUGAUAUUUGUAUUAAAUUUGCAUAACCCUAUCAUGAAAGAACGGCAAAAAUCCUCUCCAUAUAGUUAAAAAUUGUAAAGUUUAUAUCAUGCUAUGUCUUUGGUUACCCAUGAAGAAGUAGGAUUUAGACAAAGUGUAAUACUUUUUAUAAAUCAGGUCAUAAAAACAGAGACAGUUCAGAAAAUUUAUCCCCAAAAUAAAAUAUACUUAGUUACUAUUAUCAAACAGAUGAUAAUUAGAUGAUGCUUAAAAUUUCGAUCUUGUAAAAUAUAAGGUGUAUAGUAAUAAAAUGUAUUAAUAACCUUUCAACUAAGUUAUUUGUAUCUUGAUCUUCAUGAAAAAAAUGUCUUCCAUAGUUGGCCCAUCGACAUCCCCACUUGUCAGUACACCAGUUGUCUAACAAGUAGUCUGCUAUUUGUUUGGAAGGCAUCUUCUCUUGCAACAUUUUAACUUUUUGAGAAAAGUCUUCUUUCUGAUGAAAAAUUAUAUUGACACAUUUCUUUUGAGUAUAAAAUCAGAUUUUAUAGAUUAAACACGCGUGUACUCAUAAGCAUUGUAUAUUUAUAGGUAAGAUCUUUAAAUCGCAUUAAGCAACUAUUUGUACUUUCUAAAUUAUUUUACUGCUUUAAUUCAAUAGAGAUUCAUUUCUAUAUGUUUCAGUGGUUUUUUUUUCAUCUUUUAUCAACCAAAAUUCAUUGAUUGUAUUUUUUAUUAUUAUUAUUAUUGCGUUUUAAUUGACUCUAUUUGAAAAAUCUUGUUGAUAUGAUUUUGAUAUUAAAACAAUUACAAUGUUGGAAAAGGAGAAAAAGAUCCCACUGAGGUUUCAUUUCUACAGGGAUUUUUCUUAUAAUAUAAACAUAUCAAUAACCAAUCGUGUUUCAUUGUGAGGCAACACACUCGUGAUUAAUUUUUUUAACAAUGUUUCACAUCCUCUGCAUAUAAAACUGUUAUUAUCAGAAGCAGGUCAAGUUAUACUAUGUAAAUUAACAUUCACCUAGUACAUAUUAAAUAUUCGAAUACAUUAUUUGAAUUUGUCAGGACCAACUCAAAAUUAUUGACCAAUUUAAAAAUUAUUAUAUUUCACUGUGGUAUCAUAGGUUCAUUAUAUUUUAUUUGUCUUAACUAUCACGUUUGAUUACCUUGGUACAUAUUUUCAUAGUUCUAAUAUAGUCAAUAACUUUUUUUCUGGUAUGUGCGUGCAUGGGUCCUGAUACACCAGAUUCUUUUUUAUUCAAAAAUCUGUACACAGCCUGUAAAUCAAAUCAUUUAUAUUUAGUUCAUGUCUUAAAGAUUCUUGAUAAUAAUAAUUAAACAUUGUCUUGAAUAUAUCAUGACUAAUUAUUUUUCAACAAGAUAAUAUUUGAUCUAUGAAAGUAUUAAUGCGAAAGAGUCUAUUUAUUAAUUCAAAACUGACCUCAAGCUUAUAAACACAAAAAAAAGAUAUAAAAUGUUAAAUCCAAUGCAAUUAAUACUUAUUGAUCCAAAAGAGUGAAACUUCACAGAAUAACUCUCAUUUAAUAACUGAUUUUUUUCCCAUAAAGAAUAAGGUAAAAUGUAUGAUACAUAUAUUGAAUAAUAUAAUACCUGUAAAACAUGAAACCAGCAAAGUAAAACAGAGCUGUUUGGGAAUACUUCAUUAAUUGCGCUGAUUUCUUUGGUAUCUCUGUCUACCAUAAAAGAUCUAGUAAACAAAAUGUAACACUGCAGUAUCAACAAUCUAUAUCUUUAUCUCAUAUUGGUUUUAUUCUAUAAUACUAUUUGUUAAUUUGUAAAUAAUUAUGUAAAUUCUUUUUUUUUUAUAUCAAUUAGAUUUUUAAUUUGUGAUUAAAAAGUUUGGAAACAAGCCUAAAAAAGCUUUAAUUAUUAUGUUAUGUAUAAACCUGACUAUGCUUUAAUCUUAAAUGCUUUGGUUUUAAAGCCUUGCUAUAGAUCACACUCAAAAGAUUUUAAGGAAAUUGAUGUUUUUGUAAGUUUCAUUAGUCCAUUAGAAAAAUAUUAUUAUGCAAAAAUUAUUUAUCUAAUAUUCUUUGCCAAAAUUCAACUGAAAUUAUUGUGGACCUUAAUUGUAUUAAUUUUGAUAUGCAUGAAAAAAUGUUUCUUUAGAUGAAUCUUUCAUAGCAUUGUCUAUUUGUCAUUUCAAAUAACUAUCACUGCACGAAUAUGUGAAUAAUGUCAUAGUUUAACCUGUAAUUUUUACAGCCAAAUUAAUUAAAACAUAUAAUUGAA